GAGCUCCCAGCGUCCACGUCUGUGAUUGGCGGAAACGUUUGGCGCCUCUUGAAUCUGCUGCAGCCGAAGUGGGCGGUGAGCUCGAGACAGCGAGCAGUUUGAACCCGAAGCUGUCGAGGCGGAAACAGAGAGAACUGGUGACUGUUUGUAAAGAAGGCGCCAUUAAACUGAGGAUCUAAGACUGAGGAAAGAGAGUGUGAUUUAUUCUCCCUGAGAGAGGAACCUGAACCUGCUUCUGCCCACUAACCGCCGGGGAGGUGAAGCCGGUGUAAGGGAACCCUCCUCCUGAGCUAACUGCUAGUUAGCCGUUAAGCUAACACUACAGCUAGCAGAAACACAGAGCUAAUCCCCAACACAAAGGACGAGUUCCUCAGGGUUCUUCAUAUCCACCUGGAAUCACCCCAGUGAAUGAGGACUGGUUCUCCUGCACAGGUUGAUCAUGGUGCUUACAGGGAAGCGCUCAGAGAAGGGUCCCGCCUGCUGGAAGAGGAGGGUGAAGUCUGAAUACAUGAGGCUGCGGCAGCUCAAGCGCUUCAGACGGGCCGACGAGGUCAAGAGCAUGUUUAACACAAACCGUCAGAAGAUCCUGGAGCGGACCGACAUCUUAAACCAGGAAUGGAAGACCAGGCGGAUCCAGCCGGUUCACAUCAUGACCUCUGUCGGCUCUUUAAGAGGCACCCGAGAGUGCACAGUGGACAGUGGGUUCUCCGAGUUCCCCCGACAGGUCAUCCCCCUGAAGACUCUCAACGCCGUGGCCUCGGUCCCCGUCAUGUACUCCUGGUCUCCGCUGCAGCAGAACUUCAUGGUGGAGGAUGAGACUGUGCUCCAUAACAUCCCCUACAUGGGAGACGAGAUCCUGGACCAGGACGGUACUUUCAUUGAAGAGCUCAUAAAAAACUAUGAUGGGAAAGUCCAUGGGGACAGAGAGUGCGGCUUCAUCAAUGAUGAGAUAUUUGUGGAGCUGGUCAGCGCUCUGUCUCAGUACAGUGACAACGAGGACGACGAUGAGGAGGAGGAGCCGGACUUUAAGGUAGAGAAGAUGGAGCUGUGCGAUGGCAAAGAGCAUCCAGAGGACUCCCGCAAGGACGGCCACAUUAACAAUGAGAGUCGAACCAGCAGCAACGACAGCAGCAAGAAGUUUCCCUCCGACAAGAUUUUUGAAGCUAUUUCCUCCAUGUUUCCAGACAAAGGCUCCACAGAGGAGCUCAAAGAGAAGUACAAGGAGCUGACAGAGCAGCAGCUGCCCGGCGCGCUGCCCCCUGAAUGCACCCCGAACAUCGACGGGCCGAACGCUCGCUCGGUGCAGCGUGAGCAGAGCCUGCACUCGUUCCACACGCUCUUCUGCAGACGCUGCUUCAAAUACGACUGCUUCCUCCACCCUUUCCACGCGACUCCAAACACGUACAAGCGCAAGAACCUGGAGAACCUGGUGGACAGCAAACCCUGCAGCAUGGACUGCUACAUGUACCUGGUUCAGGAUGGGAUGGUGAACGAGUACCCUGCAGGCGUGGUCGCUGAGCGGCCUAAGACGCCAUCAAAGCGCACGGUGGGCCGCCGCCGGGGGAGACUGCCCAACAGCAACAGCCGGCCGAGCACCCCGACUGUUUCCUCAGAAACCAAAGACACGGACAGCGACCCCGAGGGCAGCAAAGACGAAGAGCGAGACAACGACAAUGACAACGACAAAGACGAUGACGACAAGAAGGACGACAACACCAGCAGCUCAGAGGGAAACUCGCGUUGUCAGACUCCGGUGAAGAUGAAGCUGACGAGUGAAGCUGAAGCGGUGGAUUGGAGCGGGGCUGAAGCUUCCCUCUUCAGAGUCCUCAUCGGGACGUACUACGACAACUUCUGUGCCAUCGCACGGCUCAUCGGCACCAAGACCUGCAGACAGGUUUACGAGUUCAGGGUCAAAGAGUCCAGCAUCAUCGCUCGAGCUCCCACUGAAGACGAGGACACGCCGCCCAGGAAGAAGAAGAGGAAACACAGACUGUGGGCCACUCACUGCAGGAAGAUCCAGCUGAAGAAAGACGGCUCGUCCAAUCACGUGUAUAACUACCAGCCAUGUGACCACCCUCGGCAGCCCUGUGACUCCUCGUGUCCCUGUGUGACCGCUCAGAACUUCUGUGAGAAGUUUUGCCAGUGCAGCUCUGAGUGUCAGAACCGUUUCCCGGGUUGUCGGUGCAAAGCUCAGUGCAACACCAAGCAGUGUCCCUGCUACCUGGCUGUGAGGGAGUGCGACCCCGACCUCUGUCUGACCUGCGGAGCUGCGGAUCACUGGGACAGCAAGAACGUGUCCUGCAAGAACUGCUCCAUCCAGAGAGGCGCCAAGAAGCAUCUGCUGCUCGCCCCGUCAGACGUCGCAGGUUGGGGAAUCUUCAUCAAAGAGCCGGUCCAGAAAAACGAGUUCAUCUCUGAGUACUGUGGAGAGAUCAUCUCUCAGGAUGAAGCCGACCGCAGAGGGAAGGUGUAUGACAAAUACAUGUGCAGCUUCCUCUUCAACCUCAACAACGACUUCGUUGUUGACGCCACGAGGAAAGGAAACAAAAUCCGCUUUGCCAAUCAUUCUGUCAACCCGAACUGCUAUGCAAAAGUGAUGAUGGUGAACGGGGAUCACAGGAUAGGAAUCUUUGCUAAGAGAGCCAUUCAGACGGGAGAGGAGCUCUUCUUUGACUACAGGUACAGCCAGGCUGACGCUCUUAAGUACGUCGGGAUCGAGCGAGAGAUGGAGCUCGCCUGACUCAGACUUCUACCUCCUGUGGAUCAACGACACAAAGGCCUUACACACAAACACACACACACACACACACACCAACACACACCUUCACUUCAGGAAAUCCAGAAAUGUUAGAGAGCUUCAGGAAAACUGGGAAUAUUUGAAGCAGAGUUUUUGAUGCUUUUUUUCUAAAACAGAUACUUUUCAAAUCUGUUUCCGACUUUUUCUUCUCGUGACUUUUUCUCCUGUCGACGAAUCUUCCUCUCCCGUCGAGGCGGGAGGAUGGGACUCAGAAAACCUCUCCUCACCCUCAAACUGACUUUCCUGAAAUAUCUCAACCAAGAGUGUCGGAGGGCGAGAGGAGACCAACCCACGACUGUCUGUUCAUGCUUCAGGGACCAAAAUCCUCCACCAGCCGCUCUCUCUCUCUCUCUCUCACACACACACACACACACACACACACACACACACACACACACACACACACACACACACACACACACACACACACACACACACACACACACACUGACAGGACUCUGUGUUUUUAUAUGGUGUGACGUGAAACAGCCACACACUCCUCAGAGUGCCAGGUCACUGUCUGUCUGUAACACAGGAAGCCGCUCACAAAGCAGCGUCACACCAACCCUCACCUUCGACCACACCUCCAUCACCCCCCCCCCGCCGCCUUCAAGAGAACAAAGAGGAACUCUGACCCGGGUCGGUCUUUAGUUUGUUUGUGCAUCUGAACCCCAAAGAUCCUCGCUUCGACAGUUUUAACAAUCAAAUAGAUCCACGGUGCAUUCAGAGUCCGCUGGGAAAAUCCUGACACAUAAACGUCCUCCAUUGUUUGUGGUUGUCUUGGGGUCUGGUGUCUAGUCUGCUUUGUGAAGCUGCCUCCGCUUCAGGUGCUAAAACCAGAACCAGCACUGCUUCACCGCCACCGGGAACGCCACACCAACACACCCCGAGCGGACCCCCGUGUGUGUGUGUGUGGGUGUGGGUGUGGUGAAAACACACUGCUUUCAAAACUACACCAAAAACACACACCAAGGUUUUUCAGUCAUGUUCACGCUCACUCUGACUCCGCCCACUCUGGUCACGCUCACUCUGGCCACGCCCACUCUGCGCUCUCCUCAUCAAACAACUUUCAGAAUUACACCCGGACUGAGAAGGCUGCACUGAAUCAACCUGAUGACGAACUGCAGCUCUCUCUGUUACACACUGUGUCCACAGGGGGCGCCAAAUCCACACAAACUCCUCACAGCUGCCUCCACUCACAUAUUUAAUGUAACUUGUUGAAAGUAUUUGAUCGUUUCUAGAGACAACGUCACAGAUUUAUCAACGUGUUCACAGAAACGACGUUAAGUUUGACGGACUGAGACGUUUCCUUACGUUGAAGCCUGAUUUAAAACUUCUGACGCCGACAUGAGCGCCUCAUACUUGUGCGUCGAUGUUUGAGGGCGGUGCGGUCUCUCUGAUAGUCCGGUCGCCUCCUUCCGGCCCCGCUACGAUCUCUGUUUCCUUUUCCUCAGAGAGGAAAUACACGGACGAUGAGCGGGGAUCCAGGAAAUGCUGUAAAUGCAGGAAAUACAAUGCCGCCGAGCCGACCAAUCACAGGGCUGCGGUCCACGUUGAUUCUACGUGUAGUUACAGGUCUUUGUGUCGAUUCGACGCAGAGUUCCAGUAAUCUUGACUUCCUGAUAAAAACAAGAUUAUUUAACCCUUUAUUCUUCUAAUGAUUCGAUCCGAUCAGAUUACGUUUGAACGACUUUCCUCUUCUUUUAACGAGGAACUCAAUUUCUAGACUCUAAUCUGAAGUUAGAUUCCGACAGAUCGACGAGUCUAAAGGUUAAAUAAAUGAAUCAGACCGUCUGAACUGAGCUCGAUUUAUCCGACACGUCUGACCACGGCGUUUCGUGUUUAGCCCGGGAACGACGUCAAAUUAGCACGCAGAGUGUGGCUACCACUAACAGAGCUAGCACCACCUCCAGGUUCAGGUUCCUCGUGUCUCUGGUGGAGUCGUUCUACAUCAGUUUAACCCGACACAGCCGACAUGCGACUUCAUCCCCAUUCACUAGAUCAACAUACGGACAAACCACGCCGCGCUACGUGACGACGUCAUCACCUGAGCUCGUUUACAUCCAGGUAGUAGAGCUUUGGAGCAUUACGACACGUUCAGGCCUGUAAUCAUACAGAUAUACGUUCAUCUCUCCGGUGCUGACGUGAGGUCGACUGUUUUAUUGAAAGGAAACUUUCAGGCGCACAUUCCCCGUUAUCUUCAGCAGCGAGCAGAACAUUUAAGCUAGGCUAAGAGCUAACGGGGAAAAAAAGUGUUUUCAACAUCAGUGUUCGUGAACGAGUCAGACGAUCACGUGACUUCACGAACAAACGGCGUGUGGUGCUACAAGAGAGCGAUGUUAGCAGACUCUUAGAAUCCUUGUUUUCCAGGCGGUCAGUUUUCGAUGUCUUCAGGGAGGCGGAGCUUCAUCUGUGUGUUUCGAAGCGUUAACAGCGUUUAAAUGUCGUCGUUUUUCCGACAGUCUGAGCCGAGCGCUGUGACUACUUCCUGUUUUCUUGUUUCUCUGAGUUUUUGGUGUCCUCCUUUCUGCUGUGCCUUCAGUCCUGACCCCCCACCCCCCACCCCCCACCCUGGUUUUCACUGCAUGAUGAAGCUUUCCAGAAUCUGUUUGGUGCUGCGUUCAGGGGAUCCUCUGAUAUUUCAGUACUGCCUCUUACGGUGUGAUGUCCAAUCAGUUAAAUGUGACCUUUUGAUAACGUACCAACAAUCACUCUGACUCUCUCUGGUGCUUAGACUCGACUUGAAGUAAUACCAGCCUCUCCUCCUCCUCCCCGUCACCCGCUCUGACCUUUGACCUUUCACCUGUAAUUGAUUCCACGCUGCCGUGAUGGAUCAGAGACUUCAGGGGCCCUCAGACCUGGUGCUUCACUCACAGGGCUCCUGGUCUGCUGAAUCAGGUGUGAAGUUUUCUGACAGGUGUGUGUUUUUUCUGAGAUCCUGAACCUUCACUGCCGUUUGAAAUGAGCCUCCAGUGUUUGUUUGUUUUGAGUUGGACGAUAAGAGAACCAGCAUUCUGUGGUGUUUAUUUGUAAACGUGGGCGGAGGAGAACCUCCUGUCCCUCACGUGAUCAUCACUUUGGUUCUCUCCUGACGUGACCCCUGACCCUGACCCUGGGUUUAUUUAUGGUUUCAGAGAUCCGCCUGCGUUUAAGUUCCCCUCUUUUCUUCUUGUCAAACCAGGACCACUUCUUUCCUCCGAUGAAACAGGUGCUGACUUUGUAAUGUUUACAGGGAUUUGUUGUUCAAAGUGAUGCAGAUUAAAAUAUUCUAAAUGGUC